AUGGCCAGAAUGCUCAUUGCUGUCCUGAGCUCACUGCUCAUUCUUCAGUGUGUGCAAGGAAUGUCACCACUAGGGAGAAGACGCUGCCAUUGCCUUGGACACCUUUCCAAUUCUGUUGAUAUCAAGCAAAUAAGAAAAUUUGAGGUGUUUCCUGAAAGUCCCAAAUGUGAGAAGAUGGAAGUUGUUGCUAAACUGAAGAAUGGAGAAGAAAAAUGUCUGAAUCCUAAUUCCAAAAUGGUCAAACUUAUCCUUAAAAAAAAGGAAAGGACUCGGUCUGAAAGAACAUCAGGAAAAUAA